AUGCAGGUUCUAAACGACUCAAACUCAAACAUCACCAGCACUUCAGUAGAGACCCAGGUCAGCACUGCAUUGCUGAGCCUCUGUUUUCUGAUAGGUAUUCCUGGGAACAUUGUAGUCGUGGUGGUCAUCCUUCGCAACUUUAAGAAGGACAACUUCACCCUGCAUCUGAUGCUGAAUCUGGCUGUCUCUGACAUCUUAUCUUUGAUCUCCUUACCUGUAUGGAUUUACUACUUGAACGCUGAUUGGAUCUUCAGCCAAGCUCUCUGCAAGUUUCUUUACUUCCUCGUGUACACCAGUAUGUCCUCUGGUGUGUUGACCGUAACUGUGAUGAGUGUCCAAAGGUACCUGGUGGUUCUUCAUAGGAACCAGUGGACCAAGCUGGGCAAUAAAGGAGAAAAAGUCCUGCUGUUCUGUCUGUGGAUAUUUGCAUGUAUUCUCUCCAGCCCUGCAGCUGUCAAAACACAGAUAGUAGAGGAAGGACAGAGCCACUACUGCUUGGGAAUAUCGGGGCUAGAUCAGGAGACUCUCGCCAUUCUCUUGUGCGAGAUACUUCUGGGGUUUGUUCUUCCGUUCUCCAUCAUAGCGAGCUCUUACUACUGCCUCCAUAAGAAAGUCAACCAGACAGCGUUCUUCAGCAACGACAGACUGACCAAAGUGGUGACCACCAUUGUGAUGAUCCGAUCACACGUCGCUGGCGCAGCCACCCGAGAGUCGGACAGCGAACACCACCGUAACUACAAGGCAGAAAAUGGAUAG